CGACGUUAGCUAGCUAGGUUGACAGGCAGAAGAUACCGACCCUACGGUUAAGCUUGUUUACACUGAGCUCGGAAAACCGCCAUGGUUACAUUAAGAUACCAUGAAGCCAGCGCAAGAUAUGGGGUCGGUAAAAACGUACCUCAAUGCAAGGAUAUGAUAUGCCACUGUACUCCAAAUUUGACCUUUAUCCACACUGCUCCAUGGAGAAGAUGGAAAUACUACUAACUAGUGCUCCUUUGUUCAAUGCAACAUGCCAUUCCAUAAUGGCUACUGGUAGCUAGCAUGAGGACGAAAAGGGCAGUUUUCUGAAAAAAACGAGCAGUAUUUCAAUCUUCUCGGUGGAUAAAGGUAACACUUGGAGUACAUGGCAUAUGCCAUCCCUGCAUUGAGGUACGUUUUCCGACUCGUAUCUCUCGCCAGCUCCAAAGGUGUCUUAAUGUAACCACGAUUGCGUUCCGACCUCAGUGCAGCUCAGUCAGAGUAAACAAGCGAAAUGGUAGGGUCGGUAUCUUCCGGAAAGCUAGCUAGGAAGCUAUCAACCAGUUGUUCACGUACUGCUAGCAAGCCAGUCAGCCAAUGUAGGUCAGCUAUCAAAGUUGUCAGGUCUUGAAUCACUGACACCCCCUAUACAUCAGAGGAGUAGCCUUGCACUCAUUUUCAGCUGCUCGGGGUUCCCUGUGUCCCCACCUUAAGCUUUGGAAUGGGCAGUCAUUUCCGCAGCUACAUCUGGGACCCGGUCCUCAUCUUGUCCCAGAUUGUGUUGAUGCAAUGCAUUUACUACAGCUUUCUGGGUCUGUGGCUGGCUGGAGUGGACAGUCUCGUACAAACCAACAGAUCGCUGGACCAGAUCUUCAGUUAUGAGGUUCUUGGUUUUGCAACAAUGCAGGGCAGACUCUCAAUGAUGGCAUUCAUCUUGAACUCGCUUACCAGUGCCAUGGGCCUGUGGUUCUUCAUCCGUCGAGGGAAGCAGUGUCUGGACUUCACCAUCACUGUGCACUUCUUCCACAUGAUAGGCUGUUGGAUCUACAACGCCCACCUCCCGGCGGCCUUGUCCUGGUGGCUGGUCAACGUGGCCUGCAUGGCUCUGAUGGCCGUGAUUGGAGAGUACCUGUGCAUGCGGACUGAGCUCAGGGCCAUCCCAGUCAACAGUGGACCUAAGUCUAACCUCUGACCUGACCCCACUCUGUGACACUGGCUUACUCCCUGUGAACUGUUCACCUACAGUUAUCUGUCCAGUAUGAUGUGGGGUAUGACAUUUGUGCCCAAAGACUUGGUGGGACUGGGUAACACAGUAGUUGUAUCUAGAGACAGAGAUGCUUAGCGUUGGAAGAUUGCACACCUCUCAAUGGCUUCAAGGACUUGGAGAUGGACUGAAGUGGUUCUGGUUGCUGUAUUUAUUUGUAAAGAUGUACUACACAUCUAACAGUGAAUGCUAACUUCUUCCUUGACCCACUGACUAAGAUACCACUUUCUUUGAGACAGUUUGAAGCAGAGUUUAGUUUAAAGUGUUACAAAGAUAUGAAUGGUUUCAUAAUUGUAUUAAAUUGUGAUAUUAUCACAUGAUGAAUGUAGAGAAGUGGUUGUAUGAAAAUGUAUGCACUCACUCUGGAUAAGAGCGUCUGCUAAAUGACUAAAAUGUAAAAAUGUAAAAUGUUGUCAUGCACAUGCUUUUCGGUUAUGUCCUAUCCAGUUGAGAGAGAAAAAAGUGCAGUUUUAGUUGAGCCAGUUGAAUGAUAAACAUUGAACAUGGUACAAUAACAAACUAGUCAUACAUGUAAAGAAGAGAACCAAAUAUGGUGUUCUAUUUUAUUCCUCAUUAAAGUAUGUGAGCUUGAGGGUUGAACGGAAUCAGCAAAGCUCAACCAUACCAUCAA